ACCAAAAUGAGGGCCUAAAUUUUGAAAAAUUAAGGCCCAUUUUCUUGAUAAUUUAGUCUGAAAUUAAAAAAGAAUGUCUUAAAAGGCCAAGUUAUGCCCUAAAUAUCGAAUAAUUUGGGGCCCUGAAUUUUUUUGGCCCACCCCUGUCCCCUCAGAACCGCCAGUGCUCUGUAUUGACAGGAUAAUAUCAAGAGGGGCCUAGUAGGAAAUAUGAUUUCACAAUAAUGGUCUCCCACUUGGCUCACCAUUUAUAAGCAAUAAGUUCGAAAUUGAAGUAUAAUAUGCAUAACUAGUAUAAUAACCCUCAAAAUGAUAAUGAUUAGUUGAAAAUUCAACUGAAUUAACUCUGAGAAGUGGAACAUAUAAGAGCUGUUCUGAAUCUGAUUGUUUCAAGAGCAGCUGGAUAUAAGGGCAUGUGUGUGCCAUCGAAAUAUUAAUUACAUCAUUAAAUAAAAAAGUAAUGAUAAGUGCGCAUACUUACCAAAUCAUUUAAAAGUUUCUUUGGUCCAAUACCUGCUACUUCUUUCAUUGCAACAGAUGUAAGGCAUAAUAAAACGAAAAAGUACUCCAUUUUGUUAUUUUAUAUAUCCGUUAAACAUGAUAAGCACUGUUUGAAUAUUUUGUCUAAAUCACAUAGACACCGUAGAAUGAAUGCUGUGUUUGCCCUAUAAACAAGGUCCCUCUGCCUAAUACAGAUCUGUAUCUUCACCAAAACAUCAUUUUCCUGUACAGCCACUCAUUAACAACGGUUAUUAUACAACGAUUCCAUGUCCGGGUAUUCCACAGUGGUUUGGAAACAGAUUAAUCAACUUUAAUCAAUGUAAUGUGAGACUUUGCUCUGAUACUUGGAUGGUAAAAUAUGUUACUCUCUCAAAUAUUAGAUACAUAUAGGUUGUAGAAAGAUAAAUCAAGUCGUAUUCAGUCACAAUAAGUUGCAGCUGUGCAUGCAUUGGAUUAUAUAAAAUAAGGAUAAACAAACAGUCAUUUGGGAUCGUAACGGGUCGUAACUUACAAAAAAGUUAAAACGAAUAACAUAAUAAACGGCAUUACCUAACUGUGAAAUGUGGUGGUUUGAAAUCCGGGAUUCGAAGGCAUACCUUCAUAAAAGCACUGAUGAAGAGUUUUCAUCUGAAAUCGUUGAGCUGGGUGACACUGACAAAACAAAGAUUGGUCAAAUUCAGAUGAAAAUCUACAACUGUAAAAAAGAUGAAAGAAAAGUUGAAAGCAUGCCUUUGUUACUGUCGAUGCUGGAUACAAACAAAAAUGAAAACACAAAGAAGUUUGCAGGGCAAGGUGUUAAAUCCCGGUCGGUCUUCACGAGGCUAUGGAAGAGCAUGAUUGCUGAUAUUUCCAAGACAUCAACGCAACACCAACAAGCUGAAGCAAACCAACAGCUCUGCAAGGAUGCCCCUGCACUUGUUAUUGGUUCAGAGACUUCAUCCGUUAGUCAGAUAAAGGAAACCCAAAGAUUGAGUGCAGAGCCUCUUAACAAUGACUCAACAGAUAUAGCACUCAAGACACACACUUUAGGAAGAGACUUGAUGCUUCCAGUUGAUUGCCUGUUUGAAGCUUCUACAGACAACAAGAUUAGAGAAAUCCAGGAAGCUCAGGUCGAUUCAAUAGUUGAGUCAAUUAAACUUAGACCAGAUGCCUGCUUUACUGUCAUGAUUGGCCACCUUCAUAACAAGCCCACUGAUAUUGAGUCAUUCCUAGAUGGUCGCCAUUUAGUUGAGAUCAUUGGAGGGAACCACACGCUACGGGCUAUACAACGAUUAUUUAAAAAUGAUGGUUGCAGUCCAGACUCCAGAUAUGCUAAGUGGCCAGUACGGUUAUACUGGGGUCUCAACUCGCUCCAACUCCUAAAAUUAGCCAUGGACCACAAUGAAGUCCACAACGUACAGAAGUCGAGGUCCUACAGAGAUACUGUGUAUCUAUUCCGGAAACAACUGGUUACGCUUCUAGGUGACAACCCAAUACCAGAGGAACUGCCAAAAGAAAUAAACAAGAAAUGGCGCACAAACCUAUGCAUGAUAUUGAGAAUAAAGGAGCAACAGAAGUUUUCCAGCCAAUAUCAAAACUAUACCAAAGUGGCCAGUCUUCCUGAACCUAUAUGGCACAAAGUCUCUCAAUUCUUCAAAGCCUGGGAUGAGAACAAGAUCAAACUGAAGCCCAGAGGUGAAAUCAAGCAGACAUGUAUGAUGAAUGUAACAGCAUCCCAUUGGCAACACCUUGAUGAUGUGACAAAUGGAAGAAUCACAUACAGAGAGUUUAUCAAGAAAAAGAAGCCUAUGAAAAACAAAGAACGCGGUGAUGUUGACACUGAUAUUGCUGCAACUGAAACCACAGUGACUGAAAUCCAUGAUGAUGACAGAGAUGAUAAUGAGGUUGGUCCCAAAGACAAUGAUAACACUAAAGAUGCACAGGAUGAGAUUAAGAAG